AUGCGGCUCGGUGUCAGCGGCAGGAUCGCGCCCCCAUGUGUAUUGAAUUGUUCAACUAUACGUAUGCUUCUGGUGACUGAGCCCCCGUUUCUCUUUCCUUUCUGCACUUUCCCUUCCUCCCUCUCUCUCGUCUACAAUCGUCUCUCUCACACCGGCGAAGGAAAGGAAGUAUUGACGCUCGUAAACACACGCACACGUGUUGUCACCGCGCAGCAUCAACUUUUUUUCUGUGUGUCGUCUUCUAAACCUUCUCCAGGUGUCUCGUACCGCUGCAGCUCUCUUGCUUCCUCCCUCCUCAACCCUCCGGGUUAUCCGCCACCGUGCCAAGCUUACACGUGCAUUCUUCCGGGGCCUCUUCCCCGUUCGCCCGGCCUUUUUUCGGCUUUUAACAAAGUUUCAUUGGCCCUUACCCCCCCCGCCUCCUAA